AAAUUCAAGAUAAGCCGUUGUCGGAGGAUGAAUUCCUUAAAAAACAGAAGUCAAAACAGAAGUCAAAACAGGAAGUUUCUCAAGAAUUAAGGCUUACAGAACUCGCUAUCAGAAAUAGUCUAUCCUACAAGGAAAAGACGCAGAAGCGUGGAGCUACCUA